CCGACGCAGAGAGAGAAAGAACACCAAAAAAAGUUUGCGGAAAAGUGCAACAGCAACGCGAUUAAUUGCUUAGCCAAAUGCUGCCAUUGCAUAUAAGCGAUAAUUAAUUUAAAAUAAUUAAGAAAAUGGCACUAUACCUAGCGAGCUAAUUGCAGUCAGCUUUCCACGAGUGUGUGAGUGUGUGUGAGGGACGGGGGAAGAAACGCGUGUCCAGGAAAAACGCGCCAACAAAACUAGUGCCAACCCCACUGCCGCCCGCCCACUGAUCACGCGCGCCCCCCCUACGCUCCACACCAAUGAUAAUGGUGCGCAGACGAGCACGGCCCGCCAAGGAGUCGAAGGACACCCACGGCGGGGCAGCAAUCCCCGAGGGACAGCCUCUCAAUGCGGCCACCGCUGUGGCGGGUAGCCUGCUGGAGGAUCAGUAUUUUGCAAGUCCGAAGCGGAAAGACUGCCGUCUGAUGAAGGCCAGCGAAAAUAUCAAUCUGCCGGAAGCCACAGCGGCCAACAGAGGCCACCAUCAUCACCACAACCACAACAACAAAGACAGCAAGGCAGCGGGCCGAACAAUAGGGGUGCCUCUGGCCACUCGCUCGCAGACGCGCACCAUCGAGAACUUUUUCAAAGCCAACGCCGCCGCCAAGCAUACCACAAAUUCACAAAUGGCCACUUCCAUAGAUAACCACCAAGCAGAGCAAAAGACAAUACAUGCGGCUGGGGAGACAGAGUUGAAGCUGCAGGAUGAGGACCUUCAGUUGGCAGACGAGGAGCAGCUCCACAUACAGCUAGCCGAUGCUGAUGAGGAACUUAAACUGUCGGAUGAGCAGCUCAAUGAGGAGCUGCAGCAGGUCGUCGAGGAACUUCUCUUCGAUGGUAGCUCCACUGCGUCCUCCACUUCGCCUUGCCCCUACCAGCAUGAGGUGGCGGCCAUGCAGAAGAUACAAGAAAUCCAGGAUAUCCAAGAGAUGCAUGAGAUACACGAGAUUCAGGAGGUGCUGGGCACCAUGGCCGACUUCCAGACUCACCGCUCGACGCUGCGGGACAGUCACAGUUCCACGCACAGCAGCAGCACAGACAACAUCUUCCUGCAGGAGCCCGUGCUUACCCUGGACAUUGAUCGAACGCCCACCAAAGCGUCCAGUAUAAAGAUCAAUCGUAGCUUUGAGGUGGCCGGAGGAGUGUUCUCAUCGCCGCCUUCUGUGCUGAAUGCCUGUGUGCUUAACGGACGCUUCAAUCAGAUUGUCAGCCUGAAUGGACAAAGGGAAGAACCGGUGCUGCCUUUGCCGAACUUUGAGCUUGACCAGCACGAUAGCAGUUCCUGCGACAGUGGGGUAGCUUGCGGACUUACUGCCACCACGGAAUCACCAGCGGCGGAAGCGGGAGCUGUGCGUCGCCGGAAGCCAGCCACACCGCAUCGCAUACUCUGCCCAUCACCGAUAAAGACCGCAUUGAAGGUGACGGCGGGCGGCGGGUUGAUUAGCAAGGGAGGAGGUGGAGCAGUUAACACCGAUCCCCUGUCGCCGCGCAAAUCACCACGCAAGCUGCCUGCCACCACGGCGGCGGUGGCCGCCUGCAAGUCGCGACGAAGACUGAACCAGCCAAAGCCACAAGCGCCUUACCAGCAGCCACAACAACCACAGCUAAAGAAACCACCGCCACAACAGCAGCAGCAGCAGGAUGACAUCGUUGUGGUGCUCGACGACGACGACGACGAAGAGGAGGAGGAUGAGGACGAUUGUCAUGCCCUGAUGAAGGCCGCCGAGGAGCGGGAGAACCAGAACAAAGCACCAGCCACAGCCAACAGCAACAAAGUGGGCAUUAUGGGCGUAAAAGCCAUGCUCAAGCCACCGCCCGUUUCCAAGACCAAGGCCAAAAGCAAGGGGCCAGCGAAAGGCCAACUGCCACCGCUUCCCUUGGCUGCCACCAAUGGCAACCGUGAGAUGACCGACUUCUUCCCUGUCCGGAGAAGCGUACGCAAGACUAAGACAGCCGUCAAGGAGGAAUGGAUGCGAGGUCUGGAGCAGGCCGUUCUCGAGGAGCGCUGCGAGGGUCUCGAGGUGCGUCACUUCAUGGGCAAGGGCCGAGGUGUGGUCGCCGAACGAGCCUUCAAGCGCAACGAGUUUGUCGUAGAAUACGUCGGUGAUCUUAUCUCCAUCAGCGAGGCCUCAGAGCGAGAGAAGCGCUAUGCGCUGGAUGAGAACGCUGGCUGCUACAUGUACUACUUCAAGCACAAGACUCAGCAGUACUGCAUCGAUGCCACCGUUGACACCGGCAAGCUGGGACGCCUCAUCAAUCAUUCGCGUAACGGCAACCUGAUGACCAAGGUCGUUGUGAUCAAGCAGCGCCCACACCUGGUGCUCCUGGCCAAAGACGACAUUGAGCCGGGCGAGGAAUUGACGUACGAUUACGGAGAUCGGUCCAAGGAGUCGCUGCUGCAUCAUCCCUGGCUGGCCUUCUGAGGCCGAGCAGUUCUCGGGGAGUGCGUGCAAGAGAAAGGGGAAGCGGUUCGGCCUUGAAAACGAAGACUACUUUUUUUUUGUACCAAGUUUAAGGCAGGGAAUCUUUGAGCUCGAGGAGCUUCACCUUAGCUUUUAUAUACGUAGAUUGCAUCGCCUUAAGCCAGAGAGAAGGAAGGAGAACUGUUUUCGUGGACGGAUAAUCUGGAGACUUGCUCCUUGGGCAGCAUCCCCGAGCAUAGAUUUUAUUUUUUGAGGAAAAAAGUAUGAAAAACUGUUAGUUCAAAUAUCAUAACGGAUAGCGACACACACACACACACACUACACCGCCCCCACAUGAUUUAAAAGGAUGCGGUUCGAUCGCUGGGACGAUAAGUAACCGAAGUUAUCGAAGAAAGGGAAUAAUAUCAAUGUUUUCCACAAGAGAUUUGGCGAAAAAGUAGAGCAAAAUCUCUGUUAAAUGCAAUUCGAAAUUAAUAAUAAGAAAAUACAUAAAUUUAAAGAAAGACCUAGACUCUAGAAUGACUCAAAAUUGAUAUUAAAACCUAGAGAUUUCCCAAAUCGAUUCCCUUUUCGGUUCCCCAAAGAUCAAACCCAACCCACUGCAUAUUUUUUGGAUUUGUUAGCGUUUCAUUAUGUUUAGAGCAAGGCUAAAAUUAAGCAGAGAUAAUAAUGAUAAUAAUUACUAAACGCAUGUAAAAGAAUGAAAAAACAAAAAACUGUUGACCAUUUAGAGAGAGAAAUGAUUUCGAAAGAUCAAUCGAUAACACUAUUUAUAAUUAGAUAUUUAUAUUAGAUACAUGUGUAAUUUCUAAA